AUGAAGAUACGUGUUGUGUUAGUGUGCCUCAUUGCCAUAUUUGUUGUGUCUGUGGCAGGACAUGGAAGAUUGUGGUGGCCUUCGGGACGAUCAACCCUAUUUAGAUGGGGCUACGAUAACCCACCUAAUUACAAUGACAAUGAACUGUUCUGUGGAGGAUUCGGGCACCAACAAAACGUGAACGACGGAAAGUGUGGAGUGUGUGGUGAUCCCUGGGACGGACCGUGGCCAAAUGAAGCUGGUGGAACUUAUGCUAAUGGAAUCAUUGUCGCAAAUUAUGAGGUGGGGAGCGUCUUUGAUGUGACUGUUGAGCUGACAGCCAACCAUAAAGGUUUCUUCGAGUAUCGUCUCUGUGUCAAUAACGACGUCACCAGAACCAUCACGCACGAUUGUCUCAACCAGAACCUUUUAACCAUCGCUGGGACCUCUGACACUAGGUGGUAUGUCCCUGAUGACUUGAAGAGGAAUUACACGGUGUCUGUCCAACUGCCAUCUGGGUUAUCCUGCUCUCAGUGCGUUCUUCAGUGGAGAUACAAGACAGCAAACAGUUGGGGAACUGACCCUGAUGGUACUCAGUGUACUGGUUGUGGCCCACAGGAGGAGUUCUACGGCUGCUCUGAUAUAAGCAUAGGUUUUGAUGACCCAGUUGCUACCACUGGUACGACUACAACAGUUGAUACAACUUCGACUGCCUGGACAACAACCACUGCUCCAACUACAACCACAGCUGUCCAAACUACAACCACAGCUGCCCCAACUACAACCACAGCUGCCCCAACUACAACCACAGCUGCCCUAACUACCUCCACAGCUGCCUCAACUACAACCACAGCUGGAUCAGGAACUACGUCUGCUCUUGAGUCUGGAUGUUAUCCAACCGAGCUUUAUGCGUCAAGUCCUGGAAUGGACCAAUGGUGCAUAGACAACUGUGCCAUUGGAAACUGCCCUGCUUCACAUUGUUACUGUGUAACUUGGUUGUAACUAACUGUGUAUAAAUAAAAUGAAAAAUAUUUUAUAAUAUUCAGUCGGAUAUUUACUUUCUUUUUGGAGUAUAAAUGGAAUAAAAACACAUCCAUCGCUUCCUAAUAUCUUUGACAGAGAAAUAAAAAAGGUGGUUGAAGUGAAUGCUCAAUAAGAAAAUUAUGUGAUAGAUGUAAAACUUUUUGUUUUUGGUCAGAAAAAUGUCAAUAGAAGAAGGUCGAGGAGGUAUUUUCACGCGAAGAAAUUAUUUGGUAUGUUGUACCAAGGGCAAGUCAAAAAUUAUUAUCAGUCAAAAAAGUAAUAAAACUUUAAUAUUAGGCCUAAUUAUAUUCUGGCAUUGAUAAAAUUCAAAUUCGUUAUUAUCA